GCCUGCUUCUCUUCCAGCUCUCGCAAAACGCCAUGUCGCUCAAAGUACCGAAGGCGAACAACUUGCAGCUCUUCAAAGAAGGUUACAAGCAACUGCAAGGACUUGAAGAUGCCGUAUUGCGCAACAUCCAAGCCGUCUCUGAACUAUCUGAUCUCGUUCGCACCAGUUUUGGGCCAAACGGAAGGAAUAAGCUGCUCAUCAAUCAUCUCGGAAAGUUGUUCGUAACGUCUGAUGCUGCAACAAUCAUCCGAGAAAUCGAGAUAGUGCACCCCGCAGCAAAAUUGCUUGUCAUGGCGUCUCAGGCGCAGGAGGCGGAGAUGGGCGAUGCUACCAACAUGGUGCUGAUCCUCGCGGGAGAACAGCUCAAAAAGGCGGAACAUCUCCUAGUGAUGGGUCUCCAUCCGAGCGAGGUUAUCAAAGGUUACGAGCUCGCUUGCACGAAGGCCCUGUCAGAACUCGAAAACCUCACCAAGUUCUCUCUUCCCUCACCGCUAACGCAGACCGAUCUUGCUGCCGCUCUCAAGCCCGCCAUUGCAUCAAAACAGUAUGGCUACGAGGACAUGCUCGCAUCACUCGUUGCAGAAGCUGCACUGGCAGUAAUGCCACCAAAUCCGAAGAAUUUCAACGUUGACAACGUGCGGGUUGUGAAGAUAAUGGGAGGCAGUCUUGCCGGAAGUACGGUCGUGAGGGGUAUGGUUUUCGGAAGAGAGCCUGAGGGUAUGAUCAAAAAGGUGAAGAGGGCGAAGGUCGCUGUCUUCACGUGCGGCUUGGACAUUGCACAGACCGAGACCAAGGGCACAGUUCUACUGAAGAAUGCUGAGGAGAUGCUCAACUUCACGCGAGGAGAAGAGCAGCACCUGGAGAAGAUCUUCAAAGAGAUCGCUGAUUCUGGCGUGAAGGUCAUCAUCGCAGGCUCGACCAUCGGCGAAUUGGCACUGCACUACCUCAACCGUCUCGAUAUUGCCGUGUUGAAGGUCUUGUCCAAGUUCGAACUUCGCCGUCUCUGCCGCGUCGUCAACGCCACACCACUCGCACGAAUGGGCGCGCCGACAGCAGAGGAAGCAGGUUUCAUCGAUGUGUUCGAAUGCAUCGAAAUUGGUGGCGACCGCGUCACCGUCUUGCGGCAGCUUGUCGAUGGCGAUCCGGAGUACGACCCGUCGUCUGGGGAGAAGACACGGACGGCGACGAUCGUGUUGCGCGGCGCGACGACGAACCGGCUGGAUGACCUCGAGCGCGCGAUUGAUGAUGGUGUAAACGUCAUCAAGGCGCUGCUGAAGGACCCACGGCUGGUGCCGGGCGCAGGCGCGACAGAGCUCGAGCUCGCGCGGCGGGUGGAGACGUAUGGUGCAGGUUUGAAGGGCCUUGCGCAGCAUGCAGUGAGAAGAUGGGCGAGCGCCCUCGAGGUUGUGCCCAGGACAAUAGCGGAGAAUGCGUUUGGUGGUGCCGAGGGCAACGAGAUCGUCAGCCGGCUGUGGGCGAAGCAUGAAGCGCCCGACGGUGAGGCGUGGGGAGUAGACGUCGAGAUGGAAACCGACGGCACUCUGAAUGCGAGCGAGCACGGCAUUUACGACCCGUUAGCGGCCAAAUCGUGGGCCAUCCGACUAGCGACGGAGGCUGCGGUGUCGGUGCUCAGUGUGGACAGCAUCAUCAUGAGCAAACCUGCUGGUGGGCCGAAGAUACCGCAGCAGGCCGGCAACUGGGAUGACGAUGACUAAAUGUACGGUACGGGUACCUACUACUGUGGUAGAAUGUAUACUGAGUUUGACGAUCGCUCCAUUUCCCUGUCUCGACGUCAAUACGAUGAAUACAUAAUGCCAGUAUCCUCUGGGAUGGAGUUCACGGUAUGUGAAGUGAUGGCGAUGUUACGCAGACCAGGAACGUUUUGAAGAUGUGACCGAUGUACAGCAUGACCAAUGUGAGACAUAUAUGACUGAAC